CCGCGUCCGAACGGGGAAAGCCAGACGCUGCCGCCUCGGCCGGGGUCCCGGCUGCCGGGGCUAGGCGGAAGGACACGAAAUGCCGGCGGCGGAAGAGCCCCCGCCGUGCGCAGGAGAGCGGCCGCCCCUGGAGCGAAGGAAGCGGGGGCGGCGGCGGAGUGCCAGCGCGCGUGCGCGGCCGCCGUCUGUCCGCUCGGCCCUGAGGGCACGCGGCGCGUGCGCAGUGACCGCCCUGUCCGUGAUCCCCCCCCCCGCCAUGAGGCGGGGGGAGGCGAGGAAGAUGGCGCUGGGCUGCCGCCAAGGGGGACGGUGGUGCGGCCGCGCUCCCUGGGGGUCGCCCGCCGCUCGAGGGUCGGAGAGGGUGGAGGCCGGGUCCCCGUCGCGGCCCUACGCGGCGGCGGCGGGCGGGGAGGAGCUGCUGGAGGUGUGCUGGCGGCGGCACUUCCUGCGCGGCGGCGCGGAGCGGCGGCCGGCGCUGGCCUGGCGGGACUACCUCAGCGGCUGCCACCCGGGCUUCGGGCCGCUGGGCGCCGCGCUGCGGGGCAACCUGGCGUCCCAGUGGUGGGACUCGGCUCUGGCUUUCCGAGAGCAAGUGCUGGCGGUGGAUGCCCCGCUCCACGGCCCGCCCGCCGCCGGCGCUGCGCCGGCCGGGCAGGGGCUCCGGCUGCUGCGCUCGGAGACGCUGCGCGAAGCCCUGCGGGGCGGGGGCUGCAGCCGGGAGCCCGGCGGUCCUUCUCUGGAAGAGCUGCUGGGGCGCGCGGGGGUGCUUCGCGAGAGCCUGCUCCCCGGUGCUUUGGCACAAUAUGCUAGCUGCUUAGAAUUGGUGAACAAAAGGCUGCCUUGUGGCCUCGCUCAAGUUGGAGUAUGCUUUCACUCUAUUCCAGAAAGUGAACACCACAGCAAAACCCCUGUCAGAAUAGGCGAAAGGACCACGUCUUCGCUUGCAUGGUUUAGCUCUCCCAGAACUGCGGGACAGUGGCUCGAUUACUGGUUACGCCAGAGACUCCAAUGGUGGAGAAAGUUUGCAGUAGGCCCGUCUAACUUCAGCAGCAGUGACUUUCAGGAUGAAGAAGGAAGAAGAGGAUUUAAUUUACAUUACAGCUUUCCUUGGGGCACAGAAACAAUAGAAACUUUGAAGAACCUUGGUGAUACUGAACUGUUACAGAUGUAUCCAGGGGAUAGUUCAAAAUUACUUGGUCGAGAUGGAAGGAAGAAUGUUGUUCCUCAUGUUCUCUCUGUGAGUGGAAAUCUGGACCGAGGAGCGUUAGCGUACCUCUUUGAUUCUCUACAGCUAGCUGAGAAUCCAUUAACAAAAAAGAAAAAUUCACAGAGAAAGGUACUUAAGCUUCAUCCUUGUUUAGCACCUCUUAAAGUGGCCUUGGAUGUAGGAAAAGGUCCAACAACGGAGCUGAGACAGGUUUGUCAAGGAUUGUUCAAUGAACUGUCAGAAAACAGAAUUUCUGUAUGGCCGGGUUAUCUUGAAACUGUGCAGGUAUCUCUGGAACAGCUUUAUACAAAGUAUGACGAGAUGAGCGUUCUCUUCACCGUCUUGAUAACCGAUUCCACCCUAGAGAAUGGAGUGGUCCAGCUGAGAAGCAGAGACACAACCAUGAAGGAAAUGAUGCACAUUUCUAGGCUGAAGGACUUUUUAAUUAAGUAUGUAACGGCAGCCAAAAAUGCGUAAACUUAAAUUCAUUGAAUAAAAGGCAUUUCUUAAACAUCUGUGCCUGAAGUGACUUCUGUGGUGUCACGGACUCAGUGGUUUCUCUGCAAAUAGUUCCACUAACACUUGGCGGUGCAUCUGUUUUCUGUCAAAUGUAGACCAUCUAGGUCUUCCAGGUUACCUUGAAAAGAGGGAAGGGACAAACUUCUCCCUCGUUAGCAGGGUUAACCAUAUUUUCUUUCAUGUCUUCAAUUUUACUAGCUUAUUGAAAAUACUCCAUUCUAACCUAAAAACUCAUCUUUCAUCUGUGUAUUGCUGACACAAUUAUGGUCUCUGCCGUAAAAUGGUAUUUUGUAUAAAAGACUUUCAAAUCUUAAAUGUUUUAAUAAUGUCAGUAUCUUUCUACUGUCUGUUUGUAGAAUGUAUUUUAAUCACAUGGCCUCAGUUCUUCAACAUUUAAGCUAUUUCAUCUUGCACUCGAUAAACAUAAAAAUCAGAAAUAUGUUACCAAGAGUAACAGAGGAAAUAAAUUGUAAACAGUUUUUGACAAGCACUUUUGUAGACAAAAGAAGUCUGUACAUAGAAAACGGUGGAAAAGGACUAAUGUGUGAUCAUAUUUAUCCUACAGCUAGGUGUUGUAGUCAAAAUCAGAUACAAGAGUUUGUACAGAUAUGAAAUUGAGUGAUUCUGAUCUGUAGAGGGUACUAUGUGUGCACAGCUUUUUAAGUCACUGUCUGAAAGCGCUUUAAGGUGUAUGCAACGAGGCAUGCAGCCCCUGAGAGUCAUUGAUACCAUGAAACACAGCAACUUGCCUUAAAAAUUUCUUCUGUUAAUGUGGUACUUAUUUAACUAUAUAUGGGUUAUUUGUAACUGCUAUACACUAAAUAAUAUAACUUGUUGCAUGGAGUAAUAAUGCUAGAUACAAUGCAAGCCUAGCAUAGCGUGGCUGUGUGACUUCCUGAACUUGUGGAACUCUACAUAAGCUGGCUAUGGAAUGACAUUAAAACAACCCAGAAACAUGUAAGAAACAGCCUGUAGCAGGAUGCAGAAUUUGUUUUUUCGAGUUAGCUGUCCCAAAUGUUACUUUUAGCAUCCUAUCCCUACUCUGAGAGCUGAAGUAAUGUUGAACUGAGAAAUUGCCAUCCUUGCUGCCUGGUAACAGCAGGUACAGAGGCCAAAUACAGAUCCUCAGCAUGUGCCUAAGAGGGGAACACGGUUGGGUUGGGUUUUUUUGGUUUUUUUUAAUACUUGACUAAAGCCUUUUGAUUAUCUCAUGUUUGUGUACAAUCCAGUUUCUAUUUCAGGAGAAUUGUUAAAUGUACAGGAACUUGGGUCUGUGUGAAAGCUUUACAUCAUUUAUUCCGUUCUGCUUAUUCAUGAGAUGCAUGUAACGCCAGACAUACAUUGUGUCCAGCAGGAUCUUACCUGACAGUGACGGCAUUGUUUUGUUUCAUUGUGUUUUUUAUUUGGGCAACAAGCUGCUGUUUGUCUAAUGGGAUUGCUAUUUGGGUCUUUGUUAAUUCCAAUAUUUAUCUGUUCUGCUUUUUCUUUUAAGUUGAAGUCCUUAGAGAUUAUGACUUGGGAUUUUGCUUGCUAGUAGAGAACGAGCUAUAUUAUCUGUCUAAAAAUAAUAAGGCCAGGAAACUAGUAUCUAAACAUCAUCUCUUUCUGUGCAGAUUUAGUGGUACGUAUCACAUCUGAGGACUGAAAGAUUCUUU